AGAAGACGCCAACGUCUAAAGGAGGUUUUGCGCUGAUGUCAUUGUAAUUCUCUGAAGUCGGAACGAUAAAUGUCUCCUCGGUAUAGCAUGUACGUUGGCAUCAAUGUGUCAUUUUGCGAUUACACGAAAUAUUGCAAAACAAACGUGUGGACUUUGUGCAUUUAUUCCCAGAUUUAUUCGCCGAUUGAUUCAUAAUGACUGAUUUCAGCAAAAUUAGUAAAGAAACGAUGAUACGAAUAAAAUGAGAGGAAAUUUUUGUGGAAAAGAAAGAAUAGAAUUCCCAAAUAGAACCUCAAGAUUAAAAACUGAAUAGCAAAUAAUGAUUAUUAUUGUGUCUAAUUCAAAGCGAUUAGUUAGUUGAAACCAAAGAAUAAAGAAAGGAAUCCGUGAAGACUAAUCGAUUCUUAAUAUCUCAAUAGAUAAUUGCAUUCUAAAUUAUGACUGUUGAGAGUUUCGUAACGACACCCUAUAUAUCGCCAUAGCAACGGAUCAAUUCUAAGCAGAAUAAGUACUCGCAGCAAGAUAUGUUCUUGUAAAAAUUUGUAAAUUGAAGAUUCGAAUUCGAAUCAAUUAGAACAAAACGAAUUAAAAUUAAAAUUAUCAGAUUGGUCGAAUUCUAAUCUUCAAUUCGCAAUCCUCAGUCUUCGAUGCAGUGUGAUACAGACAUGCGUCUACGUUGCAAGGCCAUUUUUGCUGAAAAACCCGCCAACGUAUGACGCGCCUCGGCUGCAACAAAUAAGGAGAGAAAAGACGUUCCCUACAGCGACAGUGGCGAGACAGAUUGUAUGUUAACAAAAGGUUCACACGAAGCAGCUUCAUAAUUAUAUUACAAAAAUGACCGAAUAUAUCGAGCAAUAUAUCUUUCCUCGAAACCACCCUUUGCAACGAAAAUCACCAAUAAAGUCUCAUAUAUGGAUAGAACAAGACGAAGUUGAUAAUAAUGGACCAUCGAUGUCUAUAGAUUAUCGAUUUGAAGCUGCUCGUUUGGCCAGCUUUAAUAACUGGCCAAGUUCGUGGACAAAGCCAGAGGAACUCGCGGCGGCUGGAUUUUUUUAUACUGGCGAAAGCGACAAAGUGAAAUGUUUCGAAUGUAAUAUAGAAAUAUGCCAAUGGCGGGAAGAAGACAAUCCAAUGGUUGAUCAUCAGCGUUGGUCUGGAAAAUGUAGGUUUAUUCGUAAAAUUCCAUGCGGCAAUGUGCCGAUCGGUACGGAUCCUAGCGCAAUUCCAGCGCCUGUGCCUAAAGGAGCGGAUGUAUGUGGACCUUAUGGUUCAAUAUACAUGCCUUUUUCCGGUCCAGAUCAUGAAAUUGAAGAAAGAAUGAAUUCAUUGAAAGAGCUCACAUCAAGACCGAAGCAUCCCGAAUACGCUAGUUAUGCUGCUAGAUUAACGUCGUAUGAUAGAUGGCCUAAAGCAAUGUCACAAACUAAAGAAGAACUAGCAACUGCUGGUUUCUAUUACACUGGAAGUGGCGAUCAAACAUUAUGUUAUCAUUGCGGUGGAGGAUUAAGGGAUUGGGAGCCAAAUGAUGAUCCUUGGGUGGAACAUGCCAAAUGGUUCGAAUACUGUCCUUAUCUAGUUUUGACUAAAGGAAUAGAGUUUGUGAGCAACAUUACGGGGAGAACGUAUCUCGGAGCAGAAAACAUACCAACUGCAGUUAAUAAAUUGAAUGAAAAAUUAGAGAAAGCUGAUAGUGAGAAUACUGCCAGCGGAAGUUCUCAAAAUUCAAUCAAUUCUGAAAUAACUAAUAAUAAAACAGAAGCAAGUGCUGUAUCAGGUGAAGCUAAAAGCGAGGAACAAUCUGUCCAAUCACAGGGUGACAAACCAUGCGACAAGGAUGCAAGAUUAUGUAAAAUUUGCUAUAGUAGAGAAGUACGGAUUGUAUUUAUGCCAUGCGGACAUUUAUUGGCGUGUGCAGAGUGUGCGAAAAAUAUGAAAAUAUGCGGCGUAUGUCGUAAGAAUGUUGAACUUACUGUACAAGUGUACAUCUCAUAGUGUCUUUAUCUUUGUGAUAAAUAAUCGGAUUCUGAUAAAAUUUUCUACUUAUCAUCAUUAUAAAGACUGACAUUUUCAAGCAAAAAAACUAAACGACUUGACUCAUGUAGUAUACCGAUUAGCAGGUACAAACUAUACAACGUUGAAACUCUUGUUAAUGAAAUAUUAACUUUUCACGGUUAUUAUGGUCUCAAUAGAAAGGAUAUUCUGUUGUAAUAUUAACAAGUAAA